CGCCCGGACGGUGCCGGCGCUGAGGCCGCUCCGCGCCGCUCCCGGCGGGGCCGCAGGGCUCAUGUAAUCAAAGGAGUUUCUUUGUUGUGAGUAUCUUUUCAGAACACAACGGGAAUUCAAAAUGAAUCAGAACACAACUGAGUCUCCUGUCACUGUGGAGACCUUGGAUGAUGUACCUGAGCACGUGCUUAGGGGCCUUCCCGAGGAUGUGAGGCUCUUCCCAUCUGCUGUGGACAAGACACGGCUCGGUGUCUGGGCAACAAAAUCAAUUUUAAAAGGCAAGAAGUUUGGACCAUUUGUUGGUGACAAGAAAAAAAGAUCUCAAGUCAAGAGCAAUGUGUACAUGUGGGAGGUGUAUUACCCAAACCUGGGCUGGAUGUGUGUGGAUGCCACAGACCCAGAGAAGGGCAACUGGCUCCGCUACAUAAACUGGGCCCGUUCUGGGAAGGAGCAGAACCUGUUUCCUCUGGAGAUCAACAGGACCAUUUACUACAAGAGCCUAAAGCCAAUCGCGGCGGGCGAGGAGCUGUUGGUGUGGUACAAUGGCGAGGACGACCCGGCCAUAGCGGCCGCGAUCGAGGAGGAGCGAGCGAGCGCCCGCAGCCGCCGGCACUCCCCGAAGGCCCGCAGAGGAAAGAAGAAGACUCAGGAAGGAAAAAACAAGGGAAAGAAGGCAGCAGAUACAAAACAGAAAAAGACUGAUUUGGAUUCUACUUCUGCAGAUAUGAAGGAUUCUAAAGAGGGUCAUAAAGAGGAAGAUGAAACGCCUUCUGCUUCUGCUGUGCUGUCCCUGGAACAAACAGCUGUGAUUCAGGAAAUGGUCAAUCAGGAUGUGCUUCCAAAGCUGAUGAUCCCCAGUCCGACCAACGAACCACAAGUGGUAACUGAAGACAAGCAAGGAGAGGCAAUAAACUGUGCAUCAGAUGAUUUGGAUGACGAUGAAGAGGAGGAGGAUGAAGAAGAGGAAGAUGAGGAGGAGAUGGAAGAUACCAAUAUGCCUAAAGAAAAUGCUGAAAUGCCUUUGAUGUGCGAAGAAAAGUUAGACUCCCUGGAAGAACAAAAGAGUACGUCGGAGGAAUCGCCAGAAAACUCUCCAAAGAAGAAGCUGGUGGUGAAAAUCCCGAAAGCAAGAGGUGAAUCCAACGGUGACGUUCAGGAAACGUUCAUGUUUCCCUGUCAGCAUUGUGAGAGGAAGUUCACAACAAAGCAGGGGCUCGAGCGCCACAUGCACAUCCACAUAUCCACCCUCAACCACGCCUUCAAGUGCCGCUACUGCGGGAAGGCCUUCGGGACCCAAAUUAACCGGCGAAGGCACGAGCGACGCCACGAGGCCGGGCCCAGGCGGAAACCCUUCCUAACCCUGACGGCAUCACAACACCUGGAUAACGUUGCUGACAACCAGGUAAUUGUGGAUGAUGGUCUUAAAGACGACCUGAACGUUCCCGGUCUUGUGCAAGACUCCGUUGUGUUGGAUUCUGAGAAAGCUUCCCAAGAAAUGUCCAACUCCGCGUUUGCUGAGGAGAACAAGGAGCCCAAAGAAUUGCACCCGUGCAAAUACUGCAAAAAGGUGUUUGGAACUCACACCAACAUGAGGAGGCACCAGCGCAGGGUUCACGAGAGGCAUCUUAUUCCCAAAGGGGUCAGGAGAAAAGGAUUCUUCACCGAAGAGCCACCGCUUCCCACAGAGCCGGCCCCGUCGGUGCAGAGCGUGUACAUAGCCAGCACGGAGAUCGAGGAGGAAGGGGAAGUAGAUGAUGUCUAUAUUAUGGAUAUUUCCAGCAAUAUCUCUGAGAAUUUAAAUUAUUACAUUGAUGGGAAAAUCCAGUCCAACAGCAGCACGAGCAAUUGUGAUGUGAUUCAGAUGGAGUCCAACUCUGCAGACCUGUAUGGGCUGAACUGCAUCAUCAGUCCGGUCACGGUGGAAAUUUCCUCAAAUAUAAAGGUUACACAAACACAUGUGAGUGAACCUCCUAAGGAACCCUCUAGCAGCGGGAGCAAUGAAUCCAAAAAGAGAAGAACUGCCAGCCCUCCUCUUGUACCAAAAAUAAAAACUGAAAUAGACCCAGAACCUAUAACUCCUACAAGUUCUUUAAAUCUUCCUCUUAGCAUUUCAACAGAAAGCUUAUCUUUUCAUAAAGAAAAAGGGGUUUAUUUGUCAUCAAAAUUAAAGCAGCUUCUUCAGACACAGGACAAUAAGAAGAUAACUCCAUCAAGUGAAAUCCCAAAACUAGGACCUUCUGUUACGUCAUCACCUAUUUUGCCUCCGGUAUCCAGCAGGUUUAAAAGAAGGACCAGCUCUCCUCCCAGCUCUCCACAGCACAGUCCAGUGCUUCGAGACUUUGUCAAAUCAGGUGAGGGAAAAGCUGUGUGGAACGAUAGCAUUCGGAGCUCAAAAAUGCCAAAGUUAGAAAGCCACAGCAGCUCGCCUGCUUGGAGCUUGACUGGAAGGGAGGACAAAGAGACCUUGAGCCCUCAUUGCUAUGAAGAAUACAAAAUAUCAAAAGACUGGACAGCAGCUCCAACAUUUGGCAACGUGUGCAACCAGCAGCCGCUGGAUUUAUCCAGUGGUGUGAAACAAAGGUCUGAUGUCAAAAGUAAGACUCAGGUUCCCUGGGAGUCCGUUUUAGACCUGAGCGUGCAUAAGAAGCCCUGCAGCGAUGCAGAAGUCAGGGAGUGCAAAGAAAAUUCCAUCCAGCCAACGUGCAGUGGUGUUAAAAAGAAGAAGCCAACCACGUGCAUGUUACAGAAGGUGCUGCUGAACGAGUACAACGGGACGGACGCGGCCCCGGAGGGCGCGCUGGGGGGGAACGGCAGCGCCAGCCCCGGCAAAGCCCCGGAGCCUCAGGCAGAGCCCGACGGGGAUCCCGGGCUCUCGGCAUCGUCUUCCACUGACACUCAGCCCCUCAAUUCCUCCGCUUCCCCUGUGCCACAGGCACCCGCUGUACCCCCUGUGUGCCAGCUGCCCCCCUUGCUAACCCCCACCAACCCCCCCUCCCCGCCACCCUGCCCGCCCGUGUUAACAGUCGCUACGUCGCCUCCUCCCCUGCUCCCAACCAUGCCCUUACCCAUUCCAGAUGUGUCUGCCAGUGCCACUAACACUUCCUCCUGUCCAUCACCACUCUCCAACACUACUACCCAGUCCCCACUACCAGUUCUUUCACCUACAGUUUCUCCUUCUCCAUCCCCUGUUCCUUCUGUUGAACCUCUUAUUUCUGCUGCCUCACCUGGCCCUCCUACACUCUCUUCCUCGUCUUCCUCCUCCUCUUCCUCCUCUUUCUCCUCCUCCUCAUCUUCAUCAUCUCCAUCUCCGCCUCCUCUUUCAGUAGUUUCUUCUGUUGUUUCCUCUGCUGAUAAUCUUGAAAGUUCUCUCCCAAUAAUAAAACAGGAAGAAGCUGAAAGCGAGCAGCAGAAAGCAAGAGAAGAUCCUCACACUUCCAGUGACUCGGGAGUCGUGCAGGAAACGUUCAGUAAGAGCUUUGUGUGCAAUGUCUGCGAAUCCCCUUUUCUUUCCAUUAAAGACCUAACGAAGCAUUUAUCUGUUCAUGCUGAAGAAUGGCCCUUCAAAUGUGAAUUCUGUGUACAGCUUUUUAGGGAUAAAACAGACUUGUCGGAACAUCGCUUUCUGCUCCACGGAGUGGGCAAUAUCUUUGUUUGCUCCGUCUGUAAAAAGGAAUUUGCUUUUUUGUGCAAUUUGCAACAGCAUCAGCGGGAUCUCCAUCCAGACAAGGAGUGCACACAUCAUGAGUUUGAAAGUGGGACUUUGAGACCCCAGAAUUUUACUGAUCCCAGUAAGGCCAACGCGGAGCACAUGCAGAGCCUGCAAGAAGAUUCCUUGGAACCUUCCAAAGAGGAGGAAGAUGAAGAUCUAAAUGAUUCCUCUGAAGAGCUUUAUACUACUAUAAAAAUAAUGGCUUCUGGCGUGAAAUCUAAAGAUCCAGAUGUUCGUAUGGGCCUCAAUCAACACUACCCGAGCUUUAAACCACCUCCCUUCCAGUAUCACCAUCGCAAUCCUAUGGGUAUUGGAGUUACUGCCACAAACUUCACUACCCACAAUAUUCCUCAGACUUUUACUACUGCCAUUCGAUGCACAAAAUGUGGGAAAAGUGUCGAUAACAUGCCCGAGUUACACAAACACAUACUGGCCUGUGCCUCUGCCAGUGAUAAAAAGAGAUACACACCUAAAAAAAAUCCAGUCCCCCUCAAACAGACAGUGCAGCCUAAGAACGGCAUGGUGGUUAUAGCUGGGCCUGGGAAGAACGCCUUCAGACGAAUGGGUCAGCCUAAAAGACUCAAUUUCAAUGUUGAGAUUAGCAAAAUGUCCUCCAAUAAACUAAAAAUAAGUGCAUUGAAAAAGAAAAACCAGCUCGUCCAGAAAGCUAUCCUGCAAAAAAAGAAAUCUGCCCAGCAGAAGGCGGAGUUGAAAAAUAAUCCCUCCGAGUCGGACUCUCACAUCUGCCCCUACUGCAACAGGGAGUUCACCUACAUCGGGAGUUUGAACAAACACGCCUCGUACAGCUGUCCCAAAAAACCCAUCUCUCCCUCCUCCAAAAAGAAUUCUUCCAAAAAAAGUGCGAGUUCCUCGCCCGCGAACAGUGACAAAGGCGGCAACCAGCGGAGGCGGACGGCGGACGCGGAGAUCAAGAUGCAGAGCACUCAGACCCACCUGGGCAAGACCCGAGCACGGACCUCGGGGCCGGCCCAGCUCCAGCUCCCCUCGGCCUCCUUCAAGGCCAAACAGAGCGUGAAAUUCGUACCUUCCAUGCGCUCUAAAAAGCCAAAUUCGUCUUCGUCCCUGAGGAACUCUAGUCCUGUGAGAGUAUCUAAAAUGUCCCACGUGGAUGGGAAAAAAACUAAGGUGGUGACUAAGAACAGUUCCUCUGGAAUGUCCAGCAAAGCGUCCCGGAAAUUGCACGUCAGAAUACAGAGGAAUAAUAAAGCUGUUCUGCCAAGUAAAUCUGCUGUGGCAAGUAAGAAAAAGGCAGACAGGUUCAGUGUAAAGUCUAGAGAGAGGAUUGGGGGACCCAUCACGCGGAGCCUGCAGCAGGCAGCAAACGCAGAGGCAGCAGAAAGCAAAAGAGAUGAAAGCAGUACAAAGCAAGAGCUAAAAGAUUUCAGUUACAGGCUCCGGGUGGCCUCUAGAUGUCCCUCCUCCUCCUCCUCACACAACACCAGCGCCAGGCAGUGCAGGAAAUCCGGCUGCACCUCAUCCCACUGCUUCAAGGAAUAGAGCCCUCGGCACAUCCAACCGAACCAGGAACUUCUGACUGGAAAAGGUGGGAUGAAGGAAUCCUCCAGCAUUGUCCUCUCCUGCUUUUCCUCGGGUGAGGUGGGACCAGUUCCUCAGCAGACAACAGGGACAGUGGUUUCUUCUGCUGGAAGCACUCCUGUCAUCUCAUCCUUCCUUCCAAAGGAGAGAGCACAGAGCAGAUCCUGCCUUUUCUGGAGAGUGGUGAACUGUGGGUGCUGGGAGAGGGGGAUCUGGGGGUGCCCUGGCACCAGGAGCCCCACAGCCAGUGCAGCAGCCUGGGGGAAUGGUCAGGCAUUUGCAGGCAAAGUCCUUGUGUUUGGAGGGUGGAUGGGUCUGGGUGAAUCUCCUUUUUCUGGGAGGGCACAGAGGGGUUUAACAUACUAUGCAAUUAAAUUCUGAAAAGACUGUUACAGCAUUUUAGUUUCUACUUUGCAUCCUCACGGGUAAAGAACAGGGCAUCCCACAAAAACACCACUGAAGGGAGUGGGGGGUUUUGCUGAGGUUUCCACGGGUGAAGUCUGUGGAUACUCCAUUGGCUUUAAUGGGUGUGUUGCUGUUGGGUUUGAAGUGCAUCAGGAGCCAUGUUUUUUGGGAAGGCCACCUGUUCUAUGAUCUCAGUGAAUGCACUGACAGCCCAGGUUCAUAAAGGGACAAGCAUCCAUUUCUCAAAAGCUGCUGUUACUUUUGUUGCCAGUCUGGUGCUUUUGCUCGAGUCAGGAUUUAUUUAUUUAGUGAGAGUAACAAACACAGGUGUUGCUGUGCAGUAUCAGGCAACACUUGCCUUGAAGUACAACACUUGUCCUUAAUUACAUCCCUUGUCCUUAAAUAGGAGGCUUGUGUUUGUUGGGACUCUACAAAUGCACGUUGAGUUUCAGUGCUCCUGUCCAGAGGGAAUCCACAAAGGCAGCUGGCAGCCAGUAAAGAGAAAUUCCACAAACAGAGGGAUCAGCUGGUGAAGUGCAGUGCAGAAAGUCUGUUACCUGUUUCUUGCCCCCAAAUGGUGACAAUCACACCCAGGUGCUUCAUCUCACAGGGGUGUCUCUGCCCAUUUCACCUCCCAGCCAAGACACAUUUUUCCAGGAUCCCUGCCCAUGUAAUAUCCAGGUUUGGACUAAGAAGGCCAAGAGGGUUGACUGCCCUAUUUCCCUCUUGUUUCAGCCAGUUUAUUCCCAUCCUUGUCUUUGCACUCCACACAGAUAAGCACAGAUCUGUGUAUGCACACGUUAGUUAAAAAAAAAACCAAGUGCCCAAUUGAUUCUCCUUCCCACCACCCUGGAAGAGUCAAAAAAAGGCUCAAUUUUAUAUGGAUGUUCAUAUAUAUAUAUGACAGAUAUUAAUAUAUAUGUAUGAAAUUGCUGAGAACAGUUACUUUUGUAUAGUUUUGAUGAAAAUCAAAUUGUUCAAAGUGAACACAAAAGCUUUAAAGAAGAAACAUUGGGUUUGUUCACCGUAAAAACGGUUCAGGCAUGUGUUGAGUUGGAAAGAAAAGGUCUUCAGGACCUUGUAUUAUCUCACUGCAGAUUUUUUGGAUAACUCAACCCCCCUUGGAGGCUUUCUAAGUGCAGUUGUGGUCUGGGGGAAGGCUGAGAUGCUGAGAACUAGUUGAGCCAUAAAAAGCUACAUCCCCUUCCACGCUGGAAGUGAUGCUUCCAGUCCAAGACUGUGAGAGCACUGGGAUGCUCGUGCCACUGCUGGCUGCUCUGUCCCCUUCCUGGAGUGGAGAGUCUCUAGGAUUUGUUCCCUUUGGAGGUUUUUGCUAGCCAUAAGUUCCUCCUGAAAUCUGUGAUUUAGUAAUUCCAAACGAAGGCUGGAAUUUUUCACUGAGAUUCUCAUUAUUCAUUUUGAGUAGCUGGAAGGGAGUAUCCAAAUCUGCUAGGCAGCUUGGUAAAUAUUGGUCAAAUAGCACAAGAAAUUAAGUUUCCUGGCCUUAUGUGUGUCUCCCAGAAGCUGGUGUGCACAGACAGCUCUCUGAGCAGUUUGCCUCACUUCAGUUUUGCUCAUCAUCUUUUUAUUUUCUCUCCACACUUUCUCUCAUCAUGUGACAUUAGUAUGGUAAACCCUGUUCCUUCAAACAGGAGUUCUCUUCCUGUGUGCCUGGGCAGCAUCCAGAUCACUUGGAAAAUGAAUAUACAGUGCUAAUAAAACCCAGCUCCAAUAUACUCUGACUUGAAGAGUAGUUGGGGAUUGAUGGAUUGAUGGGGAUUGAUGGGGAUUGAUUUUCCCAGUGCAGACUUGUCAAAGACCACACUUAGUGUAUAAAUUUUCAUGGUCACUUGAGGAUUGUUGCUGAGGAAGAGUUUUCUUGCCAUGCAGCCCAAACCCUGCUUUAAACAGCCCCUUCUCCUCAGACCCCCUCAACUUCCAGGCAGUUAAAUUAAGUAGGGAAUUCUGGCAUGGAUGCUGCGAGUUCAGUGCCUUCAAGGCAUACCAGUGAGGUUACCAGGGGCCACUUCUGUGCAAUUUAUUUUUGCUGCUUUUUUUAGAGUGGUAUUAACUGUAAUAACUGACAAACUCAAGGAGGGAAGUGUGGACAUUGUUGUGAUAUAGGAACAAUUUUUUUCUCAGAGAAAUUCUGGUCUGUCACACGAGCCUGUAAAUAUGUAUUUACAAUUUUAAAAGCACGUCUUUAUGUCCCUGGUUGUAAAUGCUCCGUUUUUAAAUGUUUUUAUAACAUGUGUGACUCAACCAAGAGACCACAGCACACAGAUUUAUAUUGUUCUGGUCUGUUUGAAGGGUCCAUUACAGUCUGAGCUGUGGCAGAAAAAUAUCCACCAAGAAACAACCCAGGGUUGCACCAGAUUUUAUCAUUUUUCCUCAAAUAACAAACACAGGUUUUUUUGGGAGGGUGAGGGAGUUGAUUUUUCUUGCAGAAAAAAAAAAGGAAUCAGUUCAAAAUGGUGUCGUUUCUCUGGACCAAUGAGGAUAUUUCAUUCACAGUGAAUUCAGGAAAAUAUGCCAUUUUUUUUCCCCAAGGUAGAAUUUCACAGUUUUGCAGCAAAUUUUUAACCUCCCCCGUGCCUGCUGAUGAAACGUGGAAUUUUGCCCUUGUCUAAAAAUCACAAGUUCUUGUGAAAAUCCGAGGAGAGGGUGGGGUAAAAGCUCAGGUUCUGCAUGUAGGAAUUUGCAAGGACGACACUGGCAGCUCUGCAGUGCUCUCGUGACAGUGCUGACACUGAGAAGUUUAUUAAAAAUAAACUGUUUGGAGAUGUGGUAGGACCCGGUCGGUGUUUGGGUUCUAAACGUUGCUCUGAAAGACUGAAAGCUCUGUUGUCUGUCUGCCGUGUAAGGAAAAAGAACAAUAAAUUAACGUGGCAAACUGCA